UACCAAACCAAUGUGAAUCGCUGACAUUUAACUGAAGCAUCCGCCCCCUUUUUUCUCACUGGCUUCCGUUUUUUUGGAGAUUGAGUGCGACAGCUGUCAAUGUGUAGCUCAUCUUCGUGAAGUUAGGACAAAACCGAAGGCAUGCCGCUGGCUCGCAGCCUUUCUGUCACGUCCCUGUCAGGACUGGAGGAGUGGGACGAGGAGUUUGAUUUGGAGGAUGCUGUUCUUUUUGAAAUUGCGUGGGAGGUCGCUAACAAAGUUGGAGGCAUCUACACUGUCAUCCAGACCAAAGCCCGUCUGACCUCAGAGGAAUGGGGGGAGAACUAUUUCCUGGUGGGGCCCUACGUGGAGAGCAACGUGCGCACUCAGGUGGAGCUGAUAGAGCCCACCAACCCCGCGCUAAAGAGAACCAUUGACAAGAUGAACUCCAGUGGGUGUAAGGUCUACUUUGGGCGGUGGCUUAUCGAGGGCAGUCCCUAUGUUGUUCUGAUUGACGUCGCGUUCACCGCCUGGUCUCUGGACAGCUGGAAGAGUGAGUUGUGGGAACUCUGUGACAUCGGCGUGCCGUGGUUCGACCGUGAGGCCAAUGAUGCCGUGCUGUUUGGCUUCCUGACGGCCUGGCUUCUGGGAGAGUACGCAGCCCAGAGUGAGGAGCCUCCACACAUUGUGGCCCAUUUCCAUGAGUGGUUGGCCGGCCUGGGCCUGGUGUUGUGUAGACAUAGACAGCUGCCCGUUGCGACCAUCUUCACCACUCACGCCACACUGCUGGGACGAUACCUGUGUGCUGGAAAUGUGGACUUCUAUAACAAGCUUGCAGAGUUCAACGUGGAUAAGGAAGCAGGCGAUAGACAGAUCUACCACCGCUAUUGUUUGGAGCGGGCGGCUGCUCACUGUGCCCAUGUUUUUACUACUGUGUCACAGAUCACAGCCAUUGAGGCAGAGCACCUGCUCAAGAGGAAACCAGACAUUGUCACUCCCAACGGGCUCAAUGUGAAGAAGUUCUCAGCCGUGCACGAGUUUCAAAACCUCCACGCUCAGAGCAAGAAUCGGAUUCAGGAGUUCGUCAGGGGGCACUUUUACGGGCACCUUGACUUCAACCUGGACAAGUGUUUGUUCCUCUUCAUCGCUGGCAGGUAUGAGUUCUCCAACAAAGGAGCUGACAUCUUCUUGGAAGCUUUAGCCAGACUCAACUACCUACUGAGAGUCAAUCACAGUGACGUGACCGUCAUUGCGUUCUUCAUAAUGCCAGCUCGGACAAACAACUUCAACGUGGAAACCUUGAAGGGCCAAGCGGUCAGGAAACAGCUUUGGGAUACUGCUCAGACGGUGAAGGAACGCUUCGGAAAGAAACUUUAUGAGUCACUUCUAGUUGGGCAGCUGCCAGAUGUGUCGAAGAUGGUGGACAAGGAGGAUUUCACCAUAAUGAAGCGUGCCAUCUUUGCAACUCAGAGACAAUGCCAGCCUCCGAUCUGCACCCAUAACAUGCUGGAGGACAGCAGCGACCCCAUCCUUAACUGUGUCCGCCGUAUCGGCCUUUUCAACAGCUCUGCUGACCGUGUCAAGAUUAUCUUCCAUCCUGAGUUCCUUUCGUCCACCUCUCCUCUUCUUCCAAUGGAUUACGAGGAGUUUGUAAGAGGCUGCCACCUCGGCGUCUUCCCCUCUUACUAUGAGCCUUGGGGCUACACACCAGCUGAGUGCACAGUCAUGGGAAUUCCAUCAAUCUCAACCAACCUGUCAGGUUUUGGAUGUUUCAUGGAGGAACACAUAGCAGACCCCUCAGCAUAUGGUAUUUACAUCCUGGACCGGCGAUUUCGAGGGGUGGACGAGUCGUGUAACCAGCUCACUUCUUUCCUGUUUCAGUUCUGCAAGCAGAGCCGGCGCCAGCGGAUCAUCCAGAGGAACCGAACUGAGCGUCUGAGCGAACUCUUGGACUGGAGAUACCUCGGCAGGUAUUAUAUAUCAGCCCGCCACAUGGCCCUGGCUAAAGCCUUCCCUGACACCUACAUGUAUGAACUUCAUGAGCCCACCUCAACCUCGGGCUUCCGGUACCCACGACCGGCCUCUGUGCCACCAUCUCCAUCUCUGUCCCGCCACUCCUCCCCCCACCACAGUGAGGCUGAGGACAACGAUGAAGACGAACGCUAUGACGAGGACCUGGAGGCAGAAAAGGACCGGGUGAACAUCCGCCAGCCCCAUGCCCUGCCAUUCAAAAACAAGUCUUCUGCUGUCCAGGCGACCAAUGGAAACGGCGAUGGUGUCGCAAGCGUGAAAAACUGAGAAACGCACACACAUAAAAACAUACAGUAAAUGCUAAACCUCACUAGUGAAACAUUAUCUGUGGCAGUUGUUAAAGUCAUCCAUGUACUCACAAACUUCAUAAAGGAGUGCAGCUGUGUGAAUGCGAGUGAUAAAUUUAAUAUUGGCUUGUUGUGAAAAAUUGCAUCACUGUGUCUUCCCAACCGUACCUCAGAAUUCUUAAAAAUAUCAUGUCAAUGUCAGUUUGAUAUGUUGUGGUAUCAUUUCAGUUACACCAGCAGUGCAACCACUUUGCUUUGUGGAGUAAAUGCAGCAGCUAGAAAGGGCUAAAUGACAGCUCAACAUGGAAAACCAAUCAGGAUUGCUGGAUUUUGUAGUGUACUAACACUGGACAACAUAGGUGUAAAGCAUUGAAAAUAAGUAUUAGGACUAUUAUGAGUCUCUGGAGGAAUUUUAUACUUGAUUCAAAGGUGGGUCAGAGCAGGGAAAACAACAUAACCCUCCUUUUUACCAGUUUGCCAUCUUUACACAUUCAAAGCAGGAACAGGUAUUUUCCUGGUUUCAAAAGAGACCGUGUCAGUUGUUGUGAGUAGCCACAAAGAGCACCUUUUCUUUUCACUUGUUUUGCUUAAAUGUGUGGUGAUGGUUCCAUGCUUCAAACUCAGCUGUAGCAUUUACCUUCUUUUUUUCAAAUGCCUUGUUUACUACACAGCAUCCCAGGAUGGAAAUUAAAUAUAGAACACACACAAGCACAAAUCCAAAUAGCAUCAGAAAACAAAGUGCAGUCAUUUUGAGAAUAAUGCUGCGUGUGUGUUCAUUUUCUUUCUGCGCCUUAUUGUAUCACAGCCUUUCAGUGACCCAUACAACCUCACACUCAUUUUUACCGGUGUGUGUGUGUGUGUGUGUGUGUGGAGAUUAUUAUUCAUGGGUUUCCCUGUUUCAGCAAGUAUUUAUUUGUGAAAGGAAUAGAGUUGGGUCAGAUAAGAGAAAAGGGGGCUGUUCCUGAGAUGGUAACCAUGUUUUCAGGUGAAGGACAUAAGAAAAACAGCUGGAAAGCGAGCUAGAGUACGUCUUGACUAUUUGUCUGUUGUGGAAGAUGGUUUUAACAGGCACAUACUCACACUGCCUGUAAGAGUUUUAUCAUUUGUUACAAUCCUACACCAGAUGAACUUAUAAUAAAGUUUAAAUAUAUAUAUCUA